AAUCCAGCUGUUCAACUGUGUCAAAUUCCCGCGCUUUCACUCGCAAAACCACAAGAACAUGGACGACGACGACAGCAAUGAACCCUGGGAGCAACUAGACGUCGACGAUUCGGACCUCAUCUCUCUCAGUCUCCUCCCUUGCAAGCGCUCAGCCUCCCAUCCCCUCAAAUCAAUAAAUCCUCCGCCUCCGCCCAACCCGUCCUCGUCCUCUUCCGCCUCUCCGCCUCUCAUUCCGGGCCCCGCCGGAGCCGUACAGGCUGCGAUGCAGCGCAGGACCCAAAUUCAUCUCCACGGAGACGACCAGAACGUCGAGCCCAUUCCGACCCAAGAGUUCGUUAGGAGAGUCGUCGAGAAUGGUGAUGAUAAAGACACCGAUUUCGCCGCCGAUCCAUGGCUUUCCGCUCUCGAUUAUGUUGCAAAGCAAGGCGCCGACUAUCCGACGCCGCUGGGUUCCAUCAGGAAGGGGGUUAACACUCACAAAGUAGCUCAGGUUGUUGCUGUGAUCAAAUCGUGCACUCCAAAUGGUCUUGGUGAUCUCAUGCUCACUCUCAAGGAUCCUACAGGUACAAUUGGUGCUAGCAUCCACCACACAGUGCUUUCUGAGGGAGACUUCGGGAAGAGCAUAUCUGUUGGUGCAGUGUUGGUACUCAAGAAGGUUGCUGUGUUCUCUCCCUCACGCUCGGCAUGCUAUCUUAACAUAACCAAGAACAACAUGGUUCAGGUCAUCUCCAAGGAUGGUAGACCUAUCGUGACAAACGAUCUUCCUAUUUCAUCAGUCAACAGUCCCGCUCCCAGCAGUGACAGUGCUGCGGUAAGUCAUACGAGGUUUUGGGCGCCACAAGAAAAGUUCCCUCCGCGACAGGAAAGCACCGAAAAAAUCAUGAAUCAUCUAAGACAAAGUUCUGCAGUAAGAGGGAGCGAUCUUGACAUUGAGAAACAUAUGGAAACAGAUCAUGCUGCGGCGCCAGGAAUGAGCUGCUCAGGCCUCAAGCAGCGUGGAAGUCAAACCGCGGACGUGGAGGUUCUUUCUUCAUCGGUGAAAAAGACAAUGCCUCAUGGAACCACAAAAAUGGCAAAUAGAAAAGACCGUGUUGACAAUGAGGUAAUUGCCGCAGCUAAGAAGGCCAACAAUCCUGACGGAGUGGCUGAGGGUGACAAUCCAUCGAGCACGAGCCGACCUAUCAACCCAGUUGAGAUUCCUGAUGAUCAAGAAGUUGGGAAAACAACCGGAGCUAAAAGGCCGAGGCAGCCACUGAUUACGAGAGCUUCACUCCCGGAGUAUACAGAAGAAGAGCUGGAUCUGUUCGAAUUUGACUAGGGCAAACAACGACUCGUUAGAGUUUACUGGUAAACGGGUUCUUUCCCUCUUAUUCAAUCCAAUAGUUUGUAUUUUGGCUGAACCCUUUA